AUGUCCAUCCCCUUGCAGCUGAGGGCCUCCUCGGCGGGUAACGGCGGCCGCCUGCACCGCCUCCUCUGCCGCUGGUACAACACGGCGGAAGAGCUUGCCGAGUGCUUUCAGUGGGACACUCUCAUCCUUGCUACCGCGCGUUGUGUCUGGUGGCCGUGGUGGCGCAAGGAGCCUGUGUCGCGCGAGCAAUUUGGAACUCUCGGCGAUGGGACGCACGAGAAAUUUACGAGAAACUUUGCCAUUAAGUAG